AUGGAGGAUCCACUCGAUCACCUCGAUGAGUUCGAUCGAAUGUGUGGCUUAACCAAAAUCAAUGGAGUGAGCGAAGAUGGGUUCAAGCUGCGAUUGUUCCCUUUCUCCUUAGGCGACAAGGCUCAUCAAUGGGAAAAGUCCUUGCCAGCCGGUUCAAUCACGACAUGGGAAGAGUGUAAGAAGGCAUUCCUAUCCAAAUUCUUCUCCAAUGCAAGAACCGCCAGAUUGAGGAAUGAUAUCUCUAGCUUCUCUCAGCGCAACAACGAAACAUUUUAUGAAGCAUGGGAACGAUUCAAGAGCUAUAAGUCAUACAAUGGAAACUUUCUAAACAAGGAUGUUGAAGCUAGUUGGGAACUUGUGGAGAACCUAGCUCAGUCUGAUGGCACGUACAACGAGGAUUAUGACAGAACCGUUAGAGGCAACAAUGACCAAGAGGACAAGUAUAAGAGGGAUAUGAAGGCACUUAACGACAAGCUCGAUAAGUUUUUGAUGAACCAGCAGAAGAAUGUGCACUUUGUUCGAGAGGAGGAGACCUUCCAACCUAAUGAUGGUGAUUGUGCUAAUAAUGAGGAGUUCCAGAACAAGCCAUAUGUUGGCUUUAAUCAAAAACAAGCUUUUCAACCUCAACAACAGUCCCAAGGUUCUUAUCAACAACCUAUAUCACACCCUCCAGGAUUCCAACAACACCCUACUAAUGUGCAACCAGAACAAGAUAUUCAAACAACACUACAUCAGCUUCUCCAAGCACAGAACAAUAGCCACCUGGAACACGCCAAUCAGUUACCCGAGCUUCGCAACGAGAUGAGUGAGUCUAUACAGGAGCUCCACCAAAAUUUCGAUUCUUUAAACAAAAGGGUAGUUAUCUUGGAAGGCAACAAACCCUCCACAUCUUCUGGCCAACUCCCAGGAAAGUCUAUCAUGAACCCUAAAGAAUUUGCUACUGCUCAUGCGAUUACUCUGGGAAAACCAUUCCCAAUUAUCACUGAGGACAGUGAGGUUCAAGAGGGGGAGGAUUCAGCCCAAAUUUGUACCCUACACGGUGAACCCGAUCGAGUCUACAACAGGCACGACCGUUCCAAUGGUGAACCCGAUCGAGUUUACCAAAGACUCGACCGAUCCGAUCAAAGGUACCAUGAACCCGAUCGAGCCCGAUAUCGUGUACGCUGCUUGUCUGACAGGUUGUGUGAAUUAAGUUCCGACGAGCCUCUUCGCCCGAUCAGAGCCACCAGCCCCAAGCCUUCAAAUCAAAGACUACUCUACCCUGAAGAAUCUAAGGCAGAAAUCAAGGAAGAAUAUAACCACAUUCUCGAUUCACUAUCACGGAACGAUCAGCUGAAGGCUUUGGUGGAUGCUUUCGCCAACCUUCCCUCCUACAGGGAGAUUCUCAAAGAAGUCCUAUUGGAAAGGAUGCAGCAAAGGAAGAGUUGGAUUCCACCCUCUCAAGAUUCUGAUUUCUCCAAGAAGAUUGGGGAUCCUGGAGCUUUCACACUCCCCUGCUCAAUCCGAUCAACGAUCUUCAACGAGUGUUUAUGCGACACAGGCGCUUCGAUUAGCUUGAUGCCCCUCUCAAUAGCUCACGGGAUGGGCUAG